UGUACGAAGACACCAGUGUUGGUGUUGUACUCUGGCACAAGCCUGUGCAGAAAGUUAUAAUCGUGUGAUGAUUAUUAAACACAGAGAGACAAACUGACAGACCCAGCAAUGCAGCCUCCAUGUUUGGUAACUGCUGGGCUCUCCACAUCAUCAGCAGCAACAGUAGUAAAGGGAUGAGAUCAUGAGACGUGAGGGACUGACUGCAGGACUUGGCGGUACUGGAACCGUCGAGUUGGUGUGCACAAAAUAGUCGGAGGAGAAUCAUUGUAUUACAUCACCUGUUCUUUCUUCACAAGUUUACAAGUUCUUUGAAAUUGUGUGAGCCUAUAGUAAUACAAGAUAAGGUUCGGUGGCAAGCCGCAAAGAUGCUGGUGGAAGUGAUUCUGUUCGCUGUAUUGGUGUUUCUGUUGUGGAAGACCUUCAGGAAACCCCCAGGACUGCCUCCAGGCAGGUGGGGGCUUCCCCUAGUGGGCUACAUACCCUGGACCAGCAAGAACUUUGAGGAGCAGGUGAUGGACCUCCACCAGCAGUAUGGAGACAUCUUCCUGUGGAGGAUGGGAACUCAGUUGAUGGUGUUUCUGAAUAACUACAAACUGAUGAAGGAAGCUUGCUCCAGAUCCGAGUUUACUUUCAGACCAGACUGGGAAGUUUUGAAGAAUAUAGAUGAAACUCCCAGUGGAAUCGUAUCAAGUAAUGGUGUCUUAUGGCACAACAACCGGAGAUUUACGCUGCGGCAGCUGCGUGAUCUUGGCAUGGGCAAGUCCUCGCUGGUGGAGGCGGUGCAGCACCAAUGCCUCAAGCUACGCGAGACUCUUGCCGAGGGGGCUGGAACACCUGCAAUGAUUCCACAUCAGCUUCACGUGACUGUGGUCAACGUGAUCUGGCACAUGGUGGCAAGCAAACAGUUCGAUGCAGAAGACAAAAGAUUACAUGAGUUUGUAAAACUUAUGUCAGAAUUUGUCUUGCUUUCCAAUCGAUUGGCCAUCAAGGACUUCAUGCCGUGGCUGCAAAACGUCAUGCCUGAUUUUCUCUUUAAACGCCUCAUAAAAUAUCAUGAAAUGAUGGACUUGAAAGAAAAGUUCUUGCGAUACUUUGCGGAAGAGAUAAAGGAACACAAGGCCACUUUGGAUCCAGACAACCCACGGGAUCUUAUUGAUAGCUACCUGUUGGAGAUGGAGGCCAAGAAAGAUGAUCCGGACACAACCUGCAGCGAGCAGGAUAUGAUGUUUUUAAUGUUGGACAUGUUUAUUGCGGGAAGCGAGACCAUCGUCAACACCUUCGUGUGGCUGUGUUGCUACUUGGCAGCAUACCCGCAGGUUCAGCGCAAGUUGCAAGCUGAGAUUGACGAAGUGCUUCCCGGUGGAGCUCUUCCCACUUUGGCAGAGAAAUCCAAGAUGCCGUACACAGAAGCAGUGAUCAACGAAGUGAUGAGGGCUUGUGCACUGGUAAACUUUGGAUUGCAGCACAUGGCCGCCAAUAACACGCAGCUCGGGGGUUACACCAUUCCAAAGGGAGCGGUUGUGAGCGCGAACGUCAUAUCGAUCCACUAUGACAGUCGCUCCUGGGAUCGACCAAAGGAGUUCAGGCCAAGGCGUUGGCUGGAUGAGAAAGGCGAAUUCUUCAUGCCGAAGGAUGGUUUCCUGCCUUUCGGUGUGGGAAAAAGAGUGUGUGUCGGGGAAAGUUUGGCCCGGAUGGAGCUGUUCAUCCUCACCACCAUGGUCUUCCAAUGCUUCACCAUCGCUCCUGCACCUGGCAAAUCUGUCAACCUGACACCUGAUUUGAGUGGUUUCUUUCUCCGCAAGGCAAUGCCCAAUGAGUUCGUCUUUACCGUCAGGGAACAGUAAUGGUCGUAAUGGUAAUCAUCUGCUGCCCAGUAAAGUAUGUCAGCGACAUCAAAUAUCUCUCCAUCUUUUUACAUAUUUUUGCUAGUUACCAUGUGCAAAUUAAAUUGUGUUAGUGUUAGUUCAUUGUCUGUCUGGCCUGGCUUUAUAUUGUAACCUACCACAGCUUACCAUUCGAUCAACCUCACUAUCAACAUAAUCAACUGUUUUCACUUUUGUCUACAAAAGUGACAUAAUUGACCCAUUUCCUGAUGUUCUUUUGUCUGUCUGACAUUAGAAUUUGAUGAAUGCAAGCAGGCAUGUCAUAACUCAGAACGUUAAAGGCGUUUACAUGCUAUGGGUAUUAAUACAGUUUUAAUCUCUAGUGACAGAAUUUCCAACUUAUUUGAUGACUGCAUUGCCGUCUAGUGAAACUCUCCGAAGUAUUGCAAACUGACUGAAAAUCAUUUACCUAACUUUUACAAUAAAUUCCCAUUUCUCUACAUUUCAACCCUCUGGCGUCAUUAUUACAUUACGGAAAAUGAAUUACAAUCACUGA